AUGGCCGACAGCCUAAAACCAAACCACGCCCACCCCCAAAUCCAAACCCCAAACGCAAGAAACCUGCUUCUCCGCCCCCCCAAAUUCCCUCCUCAGCCCUCCUCCUCUCAUGCCUCAGCUAACACCCACCCCUCGCAACCCCCCAGCACCACCCCAACCGAGACCCGUCCCUCCGGAGGCCGCAAGAACAAGAGCCCCGAGGAGGAAGUCGGCGAUGUCGCCAACAAGGCCACCUCCGUGCUUCCUACGGGCGACAUGCAGAUCCCCGGCCCGUCGCAGGACGAAGACAAGAGCAGCCUCAAGAUCAAGAUCCACCUGAACAUUCACGCCAAAGUGCGUCUGGAGCUGGACGCCCAGAUCUACGGUGACGUCGUCAUUGGCCUGCUGUAA